GCUGGGGCAAGGGGCCGAGCUACAGGGAGUUGCUCCGGGCUGCGUGGAAGGACCGCCCGGAGGUGCCGCCGCCGCGGCCGCCUCCUUGUUGAGAAGAAGCGGCUCCUCCCCUGCCGUGCCCGGAGAAUGUGUGUGUGUCCCGGGCCCAGACGAAUUGGAAUCCCAGUCAGAAGUUCCAGCCUGCCGCUGUUCUCUGAUGCCAUGCCAGCACCAACUCAACUGUUUUUCCCUCUGAUCCGUCAUUGUGAACUGAGCAGAAUCUAUGGCACUGCGUGUUACUGCCACCACAGACAUCUCUGCUGCUCACCCUCUUACAUUCCUCAGAGUCGCCUGAGAUACACACCCCAUCCGGCAUAUGCUACCUUUUAUAGGCCAAAGGAGAGCUGGUGGCAGUACACCCAAGGAAGGAGAUAUGCUUCCACACCACAGAAAUUUUACCUUACACCCCCACAAGUCAACAGCAUCCUGAAAGCUAAUGAAUACAGUUUCAAAGUGCCAGAAUUUGAUGGCAAAAAUGUCAGUUCUGUCCUUGGAUUUGACAGCAAUCAGCUGCCUGCGAAUGCACCCAUUGAGGACCGGAGAAGUGCAGCAACCUGCUUGCAGACCAGAGGGAUGCUUUUGGGGGUUUUCGACGGCCAUGCAGGCUGUGCUUGCUCCCAGGCGGUCAGUGAAAGACUCUUUUAUUAUAUUGCUGUCUCUCUGUUACCCCAUGAGACUUUGCUAGAGAUUGAAAAUGCGGUGGAGAGCGGUCGAGCACUGCUCCCCAUUCUCCAGUGGCACAAGCAUCCCAAUGAUUACUUCAGUAAGGAGGCGUCCAAAUUAUAUUUCAACAGCUUGAGGACUUACUGGCAAGAGCUUAUAGACCUGAACACUGGGGAGUCGACUGAAAUUGAUGUUAAGGAGGCUUUGGUUAAUGCUUUCAAGAGGCUUGAUAAUGACAUCUCCUUGGAGGCUCAAGUCGGUGAUCCCAAUUCUUUCCUCAACUACCUGGUGCUUCGAGUGGCAUUUUCUGGGGCCACAGCUUGUGUGGCCCAUGUGGAUGGUGUUGACCUUCAUGUGGCCAAUACUGGUGAUAGCAGAGCCAUGCUGGGCGUGCAGGAAGAGGACGGCUCUUGGUCGGCAGUCACUCUAUCUAAUGACCACAAUGCUCAGAAUGAAAGAGAAGUGGAACGCCUGAAAUUGGAGCACCCGAAGAAUGAGGCCAAGAGUGUGGUGAAACAGGAUCGGCUACUUGGCUUACUGAUGCCUUUUAGGGCUUUUGGAGAUGUAAAGUUCAAAUGGAGCAUUGACCUUCAAAAGAGAGUGAUAGAAUCUGGCCCAGACCAGCUGAAUGACAACGAAUAUACCAAGUUUAUCCCUCCUAAUUAUUACACACCUCCUUAUCUCACUGCUGAGCCAGAAGUAACUUACCACCGAUUAAGGCCACAGGAUAAAUUUCUGGUAUUGGCGACUGAUGGAUUGUGGGAGACAAUGCAUAGGCAGGAUGUGGUUAGGAUUGUGGGCGAGUACCUAACAGGCAUGCAUCACCAACAGCCAAUAGCUGUUGGUGGCUAUAAGGUGACUCUGGGACAGAUGCAUGGCCUUUUAACAGAAAGGAGAGCCAAGAUGUCAUCAGUAUUUGAGGAUCAGAAUGCAGCAACCCAUCUAAUUCGCCAUGCUGUGGGCAACAACGAGUUUGGGGCUGUCGAUCACGAGCGCCUCUCCAAAAUGCUUAGUCUUCCUGAAGAGCUUGCUAGGAUGUACAGGGAUGACAUUACAAUCAUUGUAGUUCAGUUCAAUUCUCAUGUCGUGGGGGCAUAUCAACACCAGGAACAGUGAGUGGGUCUUAACUCUGGCAGUUCUCGAAGGAAAUAGAUUUAAAGAGCAGAUAGAUUUUAAAAAGAUACUAAUAUAGUAAACAUUUCCAGUGGGUCAUUCUAAGCAUUUCCCCAUUUGAUACUCUAGUCAGCCAAGUAGUCCACAUUGACUUUGUAUCCGGGUGGCAGGAUCCUGAGUCUCCUUCUGCUUAACUCGGACCUCACAGCACUUGCACUUGAGGCACGUCAGUUCCUUACUGCAGAUGUCUUAUGACAUUGGCUUCUUUUUUCAAUCUGAGAAAAUCAGGAUGACCUUACAAACAGGAUCUUGAACAGGCCCAAAGCAAGGAACUUGCUGGGCAUAUUCUCUUGGUAAAAUGAAAAAACAUUACACAGCUGCAGACCGCUUUCAUCACCAAGAUUUCACUGUACAUGAGAACAUUUAUUUAUUGCAUGAUCUCCUAGAUAUACAGCCUAUGCAUUAUUCAUAUAACUUUAUUUUAACCUGAAGUAGUUUUCAAAUCCAGUGCUUUAAGCCAUAAAGGACCGAGAACCAAGUAAUCUGAAUUUGUAAGUGUGUGUGCUUAUUUGACUGGAAUCCUGCUUAAAUGGAAAAACAAAUGCUACCCCCUUCCCCUCCCCUGAUUACCUAAUGUGAUUGAAACAUUUUCUAUCUUGCCACACACUUGAAGACAAUAAAGGUGUUUAGUUUUUACUCUUAUUGAUGUUAAAUAAAGGAAAAAUAAUUUUUUCAGUUUAUAUUAAUGAAAAGCUUUAUUCAGUUUGAAAUAAAAGAUCCAGAAUGAAGAGAAGAGACUGAUAUGUUCAAUUACUGUCAUCUGCAGCCACCAGCACGUCACUCUUAUCAUGUAGUCCCCCGAAGCGUGGCAUGCUGUGUGUGCUGGGUAGACUGCUGCUGGGAAAUCAUACUUCUAAUUUAGUAGUGAUAAUAAUUUUCAUCACUUUUGGACUUUUAAGGAUGACACAUAUAAAAUAAAUUUAAAUAUAUAAUUUUGGGGAGUAAGGUUUAAUAUUACCUUUGGGUGCUGAAACGAGGAGGAAGUUUUUUGUUUUUCCCCACUUAGAUGUAGGUCAAUUAAAAUAAUUGGUUUAAAAAUUACUAAAUGCUUUUAAACAUAUUGUAGCUUAUAAAUAGGAAUGUUAAGAUAUAUACAUGAGAAAUUUUUAAAGGUAAGUAUUGUGCAUGCCUGAUGCUUAAUGGAACACUUAGCAGCAUCAAGUAUUGUUUGCAGCAGUCGCCAUAAUUAUAUGCAGUCUCUUCCAAUGCUGUAUCAAAGUAAAUGAAAAUACAUAUAUUCAAAUUGGCUUUAAGGGAGCUUAUUUAAUAUGCAUCAAAUGGCAUUUUGUUCCUGUGUUUAAUGGUGAUCCAUGUACAGCUGUGCAUAUAUUUUCAUCACUUAUUGUAGCAUCACUGAUAAAAGAAUGGCUAUGACUAUGUUUGAUUUUCACAUAGAUUUUAAUACAAAACAUGAUCGGUUUUCCCUUGUGUAAUUAGUUGAGGGGUGUUUAGGUCCUUUCAGAUUUCUGUAGAAUAUGAACUAGAUAUUCAAGGACUCCCUCUGGACUGUGGACACUGAAGCAAGGAAGAAUUGGCUGCAAAAUUUGUUCCAAUUGAAAAUAGACUCAGGAAGAUUGCAGCUCGGAGGACCAUAUAAUGUUUGUUUUCUGAGGUCUAUUUUUUUUUCCUUUUUUUCCCCCCCUUGAGUCAGCUUGAAACUUUCCUCCCCGGCAGUAUUUUGGAGGGGGAAAAGCUAUUGUACUAUAUACUUAUUUAUAAAUGUUUUGACAGAGACUUCAUCUUUUUUUUUUUUUUAUUUUUUUUUAUUUUUUUGCUGUACGCGGGCCUCUCACUGCUGUGGCCUCUCCCGUUGCGGAGCACAGGCUCCGGACACACAGGCCCCGCGGCCAUGGCUCGCGGGCCCAGCCGCUCCGCGGCAUGUGGGAUCCUCCGGGAUCGGGGCACGAACCCGUGUCCCCUGCAUCGGCAGGCGGACUCUCAACCACUGCGCCACCAGGGAGGCCCGAGACUUCAUCUUUUAAUGAAAUAUAUGUAGAAUGCAGUAGCAGUUAAAACUCAUUUUCAGGCUACUGUUAGAAUUUCUCUUGAACACCACCACUAAAGAGUUCCACAUUAUCUUAUACUUAGUAAAGUCUCAUCUCUGUAUAGUACAGUAUAUAUAAAUUUGGUUUCCCAUGGUCAUGAUCAAGAUAGUAAUUCUUAUUAUUACACAAGAAACUUGGUCUGCAGUCCAAAAGCCUGUCUACUCUCUAUAGAAAUGAAAAUGCAGUGUGGAGUUAACAGUGUGGAAAUGAAAAUAAUGGAAAUGAAAAUAAUUGGAUGUUAGAAAUAUGAAUAUUAUCAUCUAAAAGAAGUUGUGAUUUUAUUACAAUUGGUUGUCACUGUGAUGUGAUAUCUAGAAUUAAAGAA